AUGCCCGAUUUGCACAUCCCUGUGGACAAAGCGACGCACUACUUCAACCUCCUGAUGGUAGUCCCAAUCUUCAUUGGCGGGAUAUUGUGCAUCGUCCUAACGUUCCUCGGCGACAUUAUGGCCCCUAUCGAGAAAGCCCGCGACUGGCUCUACAACCGAUGCCAGAAAAUUCUACCGGAGAAGAUCAGAGAAAAUUUGUACGAGCGGUUGAGGGAUAGGAGAUUGAGAAGGAACGUCGAGACGGGUUCACAUGUAGACGAGUCGUCGGUGCACGUUGAGGACCACAGCGACAGACAAUCACCCACUAGCUCGGUCCCACGUUUUCGACAAAACCGCCGCGCCCAUUCGCGCUCACUACUCCCCACCACUUAUCCCGUGGACCCAUACGACGCGUAA